ACUCUACCUGCAAGAGAAAAGUUAGAGUUAUAAUUUGUCUCCCAAAUAUUUAAUUUACGAAUAACUUUAACUAUUAAGUAAUCCUGUUUUCAACAAUGUUUCCAAACAUAUUUGUAAAUGUAGACACACAGGGUAGAGGUUGAGCGCUGGAAACAAAGAAGGCGUUCCAAGAAAAGCAUUUAUGUAUCGCCACUACUAAAGGCCUUCCCCUUCAAGAAAGACAAAAGGGUAGGAUGGUGUUAAUAUAUUAUAUAACUUAGUAAUAUACAGUCAAAACCACACACCAAAAAUUAUUAUGAAAUACACAAAAUACUGUUUUUAUUUUUAAUAUAGCUCAAGGUGCUGACCAAGAAACUGGACCACAGGCAGCAAACCAAGAAGAAAAUGUUUGCAGGCAAAACUUGGUAAGUACAGUAGACUAUCCAAGCCUUUUUAGUUGUAGAACUUUGAUUCGUCCCAGUAACUUGUGUAAGUAAAAGCUGUUGUCAGUAAAAGUGCUUUGAAUCUAUUCAUCCAAAUGAUUAGUUCCAAUACUAGCAGUUACCAUUUGUCCGUUGUACAAAUUUACUACAGCAGGUGGCAACAAAUGAGCACCUUUUAUGUGUUUUGAGUGAGUAGUUGCAUUAAUUUUUACUGAAAUACAAAAGUUCUUAAUCAAUAUACACUGUACUGAAAUGUGUACAACUACACUUUCUAUAUUGACUACAGGGAGAGAGAGAGAGAGACAUUAUUAAACAAUGUGUGUUGUCUGACUUGUUUAGACUGCAGUGGAAGGAAGUGACACAUCCUUGAUGGAAGAAAAUCUACAUACAGACACCCAGUCUAUUGAAAAUUAAAAAAGUGAAAAGGUAUUAAUGCAGUCAUGACAUUAUUUCACAUGACAUAAAAUUAUUGGACUGUACAUGCAUAUACAGUGGUAUGCGAAAGUUUGUGAACCCCUUGCAGAAUCUGUGAAAAUGUGAAUAAUUUUAACAAAAUAAGAAAGAUCAUACAAAAUGCAUGUUAUUUUUUAUUUAGUACUGUCCUGAGUAAGAUAUUUUACAAAAAUAUGUUUUGCAUAUUUGAACCCUUUCCAGCAGUGACUGUAUGAUUUUGAGAUCCAUUUUUUCACACUGCGGACAAUUGAGGGACUCAAACUCAACUAUUAAAAAAGGUUCAAACAUUCACUGAUGCUCCAGAAGGAAGCAUGAUGAAUUAAGAGUCGGGGGUGAAAACUUUUAGAAUUUGAAGAUCAAGAUAAAUUGUACUUAAUUUGUCUUCAGAGAAACAUGCAAGUAUCUUCUGUUGCUUCCAAAUGGCAGUACUAAAUGAAAAAAAAAAAAAUUUUUUUUAACAAAAUAAGAAAAAUUUGGACUUCUUCAUCCUGUUCAAAAGUUUUCACCAUAUGUCUGUGUUUGUGUGUAUCGUAUGCCUUGUUUAGACUGCAGUGGAAGCAUGUGCUACAUCACUGACAGAAACAACAGUAGAUGUACUGAUCCAAAGUACUGACACUAAAGCCAAAAAUGUGUUCAUUUAUUAUUAUUUCUGAAAUUUAACAAUUUUCAAAUUCAGUAAUAUAAAUCUGUUAAUUCAUGUGUUUUAUGUCAUUAUGUUUUUAAUUAUUGUAAAUUCUGUCACAAUGUUAAGACUGUACGUAUAUCAAAUAACAUACCCAAUGUUUUCUUUAUUGGUGUUAUAAGUACAUCAUAGUUCAUUAUAUAAUUUAAACAUUAUAAAAUGUGUUAAUAUGAUGUAAUUCCGAAUAAUUAAUAGUAAGUCAAAGUCCUUUGAUUUAAAAUAAAUAAUUAUAUAUAUUACUUUCUAGUGACCAAACCCAAGAUAUUGUUAUUAUUAAUUUCAAAAUACAAUGCUCUGAACAUAAUGGGUACUAUGGUGUAUCUUUAGGCUGUGACAGCAAGUAUGAUGCAGUGUUACGCCUUCUUGUGUAAUUCUAAUAGCAAAAUGUUAUUGUUUGAUUACUAUUUGACUUGUGAACUUAUGACAAUGUGUCUUACAUCUGUUUAUUCCUUCUAAAUUGAUAUUAACAAAAACUAAUACUCUGCCUCAGGAUGUUGGGCCUCAACAUCACCUGCAAAUGCUAAGAGACAGGAACCUUGGUCCAUGCUGGCAUGGGAAGAAACUGCCUCCAUGUAGACUAUAGAGCACAGCAAGCCUCCAAAGGCAGUGCCAUUACUUCGAUUCUGCACCCCAACACUGGCUCAGCAGUGAUGAGAUCGAUUUAGCAUUUCACCUUCUUGCAAGGGAGUACAAUGACAUUAAUGGGUUUCAGUCAUCUCUUUUAUUUAGUGUUUUAGAAAGAGGAGGGAUUGUGGGUACUCCAACCAGGCAAUUUGUACAAAUUUUACACAUGGGGAAAUCACUGAGUGACAGCGAGAAACCUCUUUGCUGGAAAUAAUGAGGUUAGCAUUUAUGACAGCCUCUCAAUGUUGGAUAACAAAACUGAACAGGCAUUAUCGUGGAUGUUGAGGCCAAAGGAAGACCAAUUUUUGGUCAUGUUUCCUUCUGUUCAGCAGCAAUCCAACACCAGCAACUGUGGCUUGCUUGUAAUUGGAUUUGCAUAUGCUGCAACAUUAGACCUGAGAACCGUCAGAGGGUCGAGUGAGGGCAGAACUCAUCAAGAGUUUCAGAAGAGGGGAGAUAGAAUUCAACAUAGAGGCAAAACUGUGUAAACCACAGUUUAGACAAACCACUGACUUCUGCAUAGGCUACAAUAACUUUGUACACUACAUUGGACAUUCAGUGGACGUUCGCAAGUAAGUAUGCCAUUAAAAUAAUACUUGCCCAUUUUGAUCGAUUGUGAAAAAUGUUGUAGGGUUACAAUCGUUGGUUGUAAAUAUCAUGUCGCUGUUCAGAAUUUGCAAACAUUAAUUUUAUUGCACAUUAUUAGAACGUUCUGUGAGCACGGGUGAACCGAGGACUUGAAUGAGGGGGUGAAUUUGAGGAAAUGUACGUUUAUUUACUAACACAUAAAAUAUACUGGAAUAUGCAUAGUAACUGGUUACUAUGUAAUGAAAUAAAAAAUAAAGAAGACAAUCAAACACUGACUAGUCCAACUAUGGCCACAAGGGACCAGAAAGAGAAUAACAUGGUAAGACCUUGACUCUAUUAGGAUGUGCUCCAUUUAUUUAUGUAUUCCUUCCUUAUUUUUCCAUGGAAUCGAUGAAAGUGACGUGGACUCUGAUAUGGUCAGUUCAUGUACUUUUGCGUGCGUUCAUUUUUCCUUUUUUAACCAAGACUAGAUAGCAAAAAAAAAAAAAAACAAGAAAAAAACAUUUUGAACAAAAAGCUGAGAAAACAGUGUUUUUGUCAAAGUCUUUGUCUGGAUGGGAUUCAGAAUGAUGAUCAAACACAGAUGUAGUAGAUCGAGUCCAUCAACACCUCAAAGCUUCACAGUCAUUUCCUCUUCACGAGGAAUCAAUCAACAUUUGAUUCUGUAUCAUUAGGCAGUUUGAUUUAUUAACUGCUGAAUGUCUGAUGAUCCUGUUAUUUUACCUGUGUGUAAAGAACUUCUAUCCGCUUCUUCUGGUUUAUGCAGAUCUUCUUCUUUGCUUGUUUUUGGAUCUGGAGAUUCUCUACUCUUUCUUAUUCAUUCGAUCACUCUCUCGUCAUUAUUUGUCUCACUGCCGCUGACACAAGCAACUGACUGAACCUCUUACUUCUGGUUGCAAACUUCCGGCUUUAGUAGCAGAAACUUCCUGCUGUGCAAGUAUUGAGUAAUAGACACAAGACAUGGGCAUGAAUAAAGAGUGAUAUUCUUGCUCACUGUAUGCGUCACUUGCUCUUCCAGUGAUCUGAUAAUGCUGUGGGAACUAACCGUUCCAGCCCUAAAGCUUCAGUGGAUUACAGCAGUAAAUCGAGUGAAUCCAGCGGGAGGAAAAUGCUGUCGUGUUUUGAAAAUGUGUCGCUGAUUGGGAGCAUCAAAUAGCAAAUCUAUUAAUCAGUGAAGGACGAUGGCAUCAGUUAAAGAGCUGCUUGAGAAAUCACUGAAUGAAGUGGAAGAAGCUGAACUGAAGAAGUUUCAGUGGCAUUUAAGGAAUGAUCAUGAGAGAAUAUCAAAGUCUGACAUGGAGAAUGCAGAUAGGUUAAAAACUGUUGAUAAGAUGGUGGAGUGUUUUGGACCAGAAGAAGCUGUGAAAAUCACUGUGGAGAUCCUGAGAAAGAUGAACCAAAACGAUCUGGCUAAGCAGCUGGAGAACAAACACAAGCAAGGCUCAUCGGCAGAUGACAGACAAGCUACUCUUCAUGAUUACACAGAGACCAGCCUCAAGCUGAAGAACAAAUUAAAACAGGACUACAAGCGGAUAUUGGUUGGUAAUUCACAGACGGGUCAUCAGAAAAACCUGAAAGAUAUUUACACUGAUUUAUAUGUGGUGGAGAAUGAGACUGGAGGAAGAAUAAAUGACCAUGAGGUGAGACAGAUCGAAUUGAAUCAGAAACAAUAUGAUGCCAAGGACACACCAAUCAAAUGCAAUAACAUUUUUAAAGUCAAUGAAAACAAAAAGGUACUGACGAUGGGGAUCGCAGGGGUAGGAAAAACAGUCUCUGUCAAUAAAUUCAUCCUUGAUUGGGCUGAAGGAACAGAAAAUCAGGAUAUAGCCUUCAUUUUCCCUCUGCCGUUCCGUCAGCUAAACCUGAUUACAGAGAACUGCAGUCUUAUGGGACUGAUUCACAAACGCUUCUUUAGUGAUCCUAAAGAACUGCAUUCUCUUCCUGAAGAUGAUGGUAAAGUCUUGUUCAUUUUUGAUGGGCUGGAUGAAUGUCGAUUCACUUUGAACUUUAAAGAGGGUGACAGAAUUACAGAUGUUCACAAAAUAACAACAGUGAGUAAGAUAAUAACAAACCUUAUCAAGACAGACCUGCUUCCCUCUGCUCUCAUUUGGAUCACAUCCAGACCAGCAGCAGCCAUUCUGAUCCCCCGAAACUACAUUAAUCAGGUGACUGAAGUUCGAGGAUUUAACGAUGAGCAGAAAGAGCAAUACUUCAUCAAAAACAGUCCUGAGGUUUCUGAAAACAUCAUCAGUCACAUCAAGAAAUCCAGGAGUCUAUACAUCAUGUGCCACAUCCCUGUCUUCUGCUGGAUCUCUCUCACUGUUCUUCAGCCUUUACUGGCUCAAGAGAGCAAUGACAAAACACCUACAACCCUCACAGAGAUGUACACAAACUUCUUAAUUUCUCAGCAGCAACAAAUGAAAGAAAAAUACUGUGAUGACCUUGACCCCAAUGUCAAUGCAAUGUCUUUUGAUGAGAUUAUUCUAAAGCUUGGGAAAUUAGCCUUUCAACAGCUGGAGACAGGUAAUCUGAUUUUCUACAAAGAAGAUCUUGAGAAAUGUGGACUAGAUGUCAGUGAAGGGUCUGUCUACUCAGGGUUAUGCACUCAGAUCUUUCAGGAGGAAAAAGCUGUUUCAGCAAGAAGCAUUUACAGCUUCAUACAUCUCAGCAUCCAGGAGUUCCUUGCUGCUCUCUAUGUGUUUUUGAUUAGCAAGGACAAGAAAGAAAACCCAUUUAUUCAAUCAUGGACAGAAAAACUAGAAUGGAUUCUGUCCCAAAAGCCACUUUUUCAGCUUCACAAGGCUGCAGUCAACAAGGCUUUGCAAAGUGAGAAUGGACACCUGGAUCUUUUCCUCCGGUUCCUUCUGGGUCUCUCACUGGAGUCCAAUCAGAAUGACCUAAAAGAACUACUGCCAGAACUGGAACUAGAUACAGAGAAUGUUAAAGACACUGUUGACUAUAUCAAAAAGAAGAUACAGGAGGAGAAAUCAGUAGAGAGGACCAUCAAUCUCUUCUACUGUCUGAGUGAACUGAAAGAUGACAUUAUGGAGGAAGUCCAAAAGAAUCUGCAAACAGGAAAUCUUUCAGCACAGAAUCUCUCCUCUGCUCAGUGGUCUGGUCUGGUGUUUGUGCUCCUCAUGUCAGAAGAAACUCAAGAGAUGUUUGAACUGCAGAAAUACAGAAAAUCUGAUGAAGCAGUGAGAAGACUGUUGCCAGUGAUCAAAAACACCAGAAGAGCACUGCUAUAUAGUUGUAAUCUCACUGCUCUGUCUUGUGAGAGUUUGUGUUCAGCUCUACAAUCCUCAAACUCUGUCCUGAGAGAGCUGGACCUGAGUAACAAUGACCUGAAAGAUUCUGGAGUGAAGCUUCUUUCUGAUGGACUGAAGAGCCCAAACUGCCAUCUGGAGAUAUUGAGCUCUGAGUUUGAACCCUACACACCUGAGAGAGCUGGAUCUAAGCUACAAUCACCCAGGAGAUUCAGGAGUCAAGCUGCUUUCUGAAAAACUGGAUGAUCCAAACUGCACACUGGACAAACUCAAGUAUGUAAAGCUGGAAGAGGUUUGAUUUAGACUAGGAACUACAAAAACAACAUUACCAUCUUUACUUAUUACAAACCAGUUAAACUUUAUUGCUUUCAUACAUUUACAAAAGUUAAAUUGAUCAUUUACAGAGGUUUGGCUCUAGUUAUGCUAUUGAACGCUUCAUUCUGAUUGGAUGAUGAGCUUUCUAAGGUUAAUAAACCCACAGCUAAAGUAGUUCUAGUCAUGUCUUGACACACAUUACACAUUACAGUUUCAUAUCACUUUCGUCAAAUGAUUUCAGUUAUUUCAGCCUUCACCUUACAGCAUACAGCAACAAAAAACAAAGCACACACACACAAAGACAUUGACCAAACAAAUAAAUAUAACAAACAAUAAGAUAAAAAUGGCAAGCUAUUUACAUGAUUUUCCCACAAAAUUACAUUUUGUUACCUAUGGAAAGUAUGCUUUUUUCACACAGGAUCUGAUCAGCGUCACACCAUGGAGGCUUAUUUGUUCUUAACACAACUUUCAUCUUGGUUGUACACAGUAUCAACUCACAUGUAUCAAGUAGUAUCCAAAGACUAGGGUGACCAGACAUCCCGUUUUUCCCAGGACAGUCCCGUAUUUCAGCUCUAUUUUUAGUGUCCCGACUUAUUAGGGGAAAAUCAUAUUUUGUCCCGUAUUUCAUCUUUCCUAAAAUUUCAUUAAGACUAGCUGAUCAUAGAACAAGUAGUAGUAGUGUAGUGUUUUGUCAUGCGAGAACAGUCCAAUCAAUUCGUCAAACAAUAAAAUAACAUCUAAUCACAAUUCGUUAUUGAUUAACUUGCCAUUAGUGAAUGAAUUAGUGAAUCUCUCUCUCUUUUCUUGCACACGAUCCCAGUUCAGCGCGCGAUCAGUUCUGUAUCCACCUUAAUGGUCAAAUAGUUGUCAAAAUGUCCAUCUUUUGGAGUAUCUCAUGUAAAUACAGUUGGUUAUGGCUUAAGUGGACGUAAACAGGUAAGUGAAACCCGAAUAUGUGUCAGUAUUACAUCCAUGAAUUCGGUCUUAAAGGGACAUUAGCCUAAUUAAAUAUUUGUCUGUAGUUAAUGUUAAUCAAACAACAAAUGAUGUUAAAUAGAUGUAUACAUGUUAAAUAAACAUACUGUAUUUGAAAAACAAGUUUAUUUAAUUUGAAUCUCUACUGUAUUUGUCGUAUUGUUUGUAAAUUUCUUACAUAUACACUACCAGUCAAAAGUUUGGAAUCGGUAAGAUUUUUAUUGUUUUUAAAAGAAGUUUUGUCUGCUCACCAAGGCUGCAUUUAUUUAAUUAAAAAUAAAGUUAAAAAAAAAGUAAUAUUGUGAAAUAUUAUUACAAUUUAAAAUAACAGUUUUCUGUUUGAAUAUAUUUUAAAAAAUAAUUUAUUCCUGUGAUGGCAAAGCUGAAAUUUCAGCAUCAUUACUCCAGUCUUCAAUGUCACAUGAUCCUUCAGAAAUCAUUCUAAUAUUCUGGUUUGCUGCUGAAGAAACAUUGCAAAUUAUGAUUAUUAUCAAUGUUGAUAAUUUUUCAGGAUUCCUUGAUGAGUAGAAAGUUCAAAAGAACACCAUUUAUCUGAAAAACAAAGUUUUUGUUACAUUAGUCAAGUCAAGUCACCUUUAUUUAUAUAGCGCUUUUUACAAUGCAGAUUGUGUCAAAGCAGCUUUACAGUGAUAACUGGUAUAUAAUUUUGGCUGCACAGCAGCUCUUAAAGAAUAGUGUCAAUGCAGGCAGAUCAAAGCACUGUUGAAUAUCAAAUGUCAAGUCAAAUGUCAAGUGUCCCCACCUAAGCAAGCUAAAGGUGACAGCAGCAAGGAACUGUAGCGAAUUAACUCAAAGGGGAAAUAUUAAUAAUUAUUCAUAACUCAUUAUGAUUAUUAAUUAUGAUUAAUUAUGAAUAUGUAAAUAAGUUAAUCAGAUUAACUGGCUGUAGCUACAUUAAUAUUAAAAUCAAUUAACCUGUUCGUCCAGUGAACACUCAGUGUUGAUUGUUUAUUAAUUCUAAGAAAUGUUCAUUUCCAGGUUAUGGAAAAACAACAUUCGUAUUGUACAGUACUACUCAGAGCAUGUAGUCAGGAUCUAAAUCACUUAAGAGGCAAUUUAUUAGCAGACGGAGUCAGAACCAAACAUGUAUUGUGCACAAUCUUUAUUAACUAACUCACAAACACAUAACUAAACUAACAGACACAUAACAUACACGCAGGUCACACACAUACGUUGGUAAGAAUGAGCAAUGAUAGAGUUGAACCGGAAGUGGAACUGUUGAUAGAGCUAUAGGAAAAAGUCAUAGACAAUCUGGAAAAGAAUCAUCAGUUUCCUCAGCAAUAAAACACCUUUGCUGACAAAGGUUUAGUGUUCAAAUGUACGAUACUUGCAAGAUGCCUUUAGGCUGAGGAACAUCAGAUCUGCAGGCUGGGUUGUAAUCUUGAUGGUUCAGUCCGAAGUUGUUGCCAGUAUCUUCUGCGUUAGAUGAAGUACUAUGAAACAACUUAUAGAUGAGCACAUGGCUGGGUUGUAGGCCGAGGCCUACAGGCCUGCAGCAAGAAAGGGGUCUCUUCAGUCGUCCAAGAAGCAAGAAAAAAAGAGGGAGUGGCAUUGUUCACUGGCUUUUAACCUCUGGUCAAAGUCACACCUCUUAGUUGUUGACCGGACCAAUGAAGAUGUUGUAUUUCCGGGCGAUAACACGCCUCCUGUCAGGGCUUUUACGAUCGAGCAAGAUUUACUGGAUGAGUUUCUGAAGAAGAACUAUUAAAGAUUCUUGUAAUACUGAUGUGUUGCACAGGUAUGGACAUACCGCAUACACAAGCAUUUAAAUCUUCUCGAUACGAACCCAUAGACACUAAACAUGGCAUAACUGAAGUUACCUUAAAUGUAUCAUAAAACAUGCGAAUACAAUGAGUGCAAUAUAACAACAGCAAUAAUGGAUACCAUUUCCUAGGGAUGUGCAUGUUCAUUUAUAGAAUGGUCUGUCUAUAAAUUAAUGCAGGAAAGUCUGUGUUCUGUGGGGAAAAUGCAGGAAAGAUGCACGUUUCUGUGUCUCUUCUCUGCUCUUCCAUGUGGCAACCACAUUCUUUAGCGCAAUAAAACUUGUAACAGCGAACUUCUCAGGGGAUGGGGGACAGGCCCCAGAGUGCUUUAAACAAUUAUUGGUUACCUAUAACAAAUAACUGUGUCUGAUUUGUCUCAGUCAUUACAGAACCCAAACUCCAACAGGUGACAUCAGGUGGCAAAUAGGUGUUAAAAUGGUGAAAAAAACCUUGGGAGAAACCAGGCUUAGUCGGGGGGCCAGUUCUCCUCUGGCGAACAGUGCUUUGUUAUGAUUCAGGUUGCUAUCAUAAGUCCAAUAGGAUCGCAACAUUCAAAGUAUUUAUUUCAGUUCCAUCCAGUUGAGGAUCGUAUUCAUCAUGCCGGUAUGGACGGUUUGUUGAGGAACUGUGUCGUGGCUGUCGUGUCGAUGAGGCCUUCACAAUGGAUGAUCUAGUUGACUCAAUCUCUUUUGAUACUUCAGGGCUGCGUUGUGGUCGUGUCAAGGUGCCGGUCCUCGGUCUCACCUGGAUACGGCCUGGAUCCGGUUGACUACGGUGAACCUCGGGAUAAACAGAAAGACUAAUAUUAGCGUAGAUGCCAUUCUUGUUCUGAUGUAACGAGUACAUCUGGUGUUAUAGGAAGUGUUCCCGGUUCCGGCUGACCUAAUUUGUGCAGCCUAAUAAUCCUUUAAUGGAUUUGAAAAUAUAAAUUGAUAAUGUGUUAUGUGUAUGCCAGGUUAAAGAGAUGCGUUUUUAGUCUAGAUUUAAACUGACAGAGUGUGUCUGCUUCCCGAACAAUGCUAGGAAGAUUGUUCCAGAAUUUAGGUGCCAAAUAGGAGAAGGAUCAACCGCCUGCAGUGACAGCAAAGACAAAAGUGACAGCAAAGACAUUUAUAAUGUUACAAAAGAUUAUAUUUCAAGUAAAUGCUGUUCUUUUGAACUUUCUAAUAUUGUACACAAACAUUUUUUACAAUUGUACACAAUAAAUGUUUCUCAAUUAAUAAUAUUUUGUGUGUGUGUGUGUUUCAAAGGGAAACCACCCUGCAAACCUGAUCGUUUUCAGGAAAUAAAAAGAUUACGAAUAAUUAAAUUAAUAUAAAGAUAUAAAUCUUUUUUCCAUUUUGCUGAUGAAUGUACUAUUUCUACCACAGAAAGAUAAAAAUAACAAAAGUAAUAGUACACAGUCCUAAAUUCAGUAAUAACUCUUCUGGUACCCAGCAUCGUGGCAUGAAGCUUUUUGUUGAUUGUUGAGUUUUAUAUGCUGAUUCUUGAUGUCUGUGUGUCUAAACGAUACAAUAUCUCAAAACUCUUCAUACAUAACAUUUUAAAAAUCAUAAGUGAUCAGUGCAACACUUCUGGAUCUCAUGCUGUAGUGUCACAGAGUUAGUGCAAAAUCUGAAUGUAUUAAUGACGGAACACAUGAAUGAUCAGUGAUUAAACUUUAAAUGACCACUGAAUCAGGCCACUUUAUGAUGGUGAUUGUUAGCAUUAAUCAUAAUCAGUUUAUUUGAUGAUCAUAUUUUAAUUUUCCUUUCUUUGCUACAAAAAAGUUAAACAAGCACACUGUUAUUAUAGCAAAAGGAAAACAGACAUUGGAUCACCCCAAAUACCCUAGCAACCACCCAACUACCCUAGCAACCACACAAAAACAUCCUAGCAAUGACCCAGAAUACCUCAGCAACACCAUAGCAACCAUCCAGACUACCUUAGCAACUAAACCUAGCAACCACUCUGAGUGCCCUAGCAACCAGCCUGAGUACCCUAGCAACACCUUAGCAACCACCCACCCAGAUUACUCUAGCAACACCCUAGAAACUCCAUAGCAACACCCUAGAAACCACCCCGAGUACCCUAGCAACCGCAUAGCAGGAUCUUAGCAACCACACAGGGCACCCUAGCAAUCAUCCCAAGUACCCUAGCAGCAGCACAGCAACAUUCAAACAACCACCCCGAGUACCCUAGCAACCGUAUAACAACACCCUAGCAACCAUCCCAAGUACCCUAGCAUCAACAUGGCAACAUUCUAGCAACCACCCCGAGUACCCUAGCAGCCGUACAGCAACACCUUGGCAACCAGCCCAAGUACCCUAACAGCCAUAUAGCAACACCUUAGCAACCACCCCGAGUACCCUAGCAACACUUAGCAACCACUCUGGGUACCCUAGCAACUGCAUAGCAACACCCUAGCAACCACCACAGAUACCCUAGCAACAGCAUAGCAACAACACCCUGAUUACCCUAGAAACUGCAUUUAUCUAGAGUGUUUAAACAUGAAUAUGUAUAUGGAAAAUUGUAUAACUAUACUGUGUACAAAGACAAUCACAAUGCUGACAAAAAAUAAAAUUUUUAGUAACAACUUUUGGAUUUCAGUAACAACUUUUGUCCCUGACUGAUGUGACCCACCAAGACAGGCUCUCUGUUCUGGAUCAUAUCCAACCAGAAACACAACGAUUUCUGACUUAACAGCCAGAAAACUUCCAAUCAGACUAUUAGCAGCUGAAACCAGUCAUAAAGGAUUUCUCAGACCCAGAAGUCUGAAUGCAGAUUAAGUGCUGCCCUCGACACCAAGCAGGGCAGAUUUGAAAGUCCCAAGGUUACUGCGACAGAAUCAGACAAACCUGGAAUGAAUGGAGGACACCAACAGGACCUUUGCCUCCUACACCAGUUAGUCACCUUUUUGGGCAGCACAACCUGCCCUCACACAAUGCCAUUCAUGUGACCUGACACAGAAGGCCUGUAACACACAACGCCCCUCAGAAGGGGUUCUUAAGACCCCAGUGACUUUGAACUGCAAACACAGUCCCAAUGUCCAUACUAUCCAUCCUAAAUAGUAUGUGAGAUUAAAAUAAGUGUGUCCCAAAGCAUAGUAUGUUGAAAAGAGUAUGCCAAAAGUCCCCGGAUGGUCUACUAUUUCCGGUAGAUUUUCGAAGUGUGGAUCCGUGCACACUAUAAAGGCUAAUAUUGCCCACAACCCAUUGCGCGUUGGACGAGGAUUCAGUUCAGAACUACAAACACGAGUAAAAAGUGUUAAAAAACUACAAAACAUGGCGGAUAUGCGCGAUCGACGCUGAGAGGUUUGAGUGACUAAUAAUCAGUUCAACCUGAUAGAAAAUAUCUAUUUAAUGUUAUUUUUCAUCUGCAAAUACCAAUGUGGACUUUUAUAAAGAUCCGAUUGGCCAUUAACUUUUAAAUACAUGAUUAUGCAUUAAUAUGAGGAGAGUUCUCCACAUGAAAGACCCGCGACUGCAUAUCAACGUGCUGCAUUUUUUUUAUUACCUUAUAUGUAAUAUUGCCUACCACACUAAUCUGACGUCGCUAGCUUGUAAUCUUUGAAUCUAAAUCGCUGUUACAACGCAUUUGCAUUUGCAGCGCUAGCUUGUUAACUUGUUAACUUGUCUCUCGUGCGCUCCUUUUUCAACGCGUUCUUCAAACAGCUGUGGUAAGUCGGAUCAGUCUACAAACACGGUGAGUCAUGUCAUCCUCUCCCAGCAUUGCUACCUGUUCUAUUUGCCACAUGUUUACCAUAGCUCUCUCUGUCAGCGACGAGGGAUUUACAUGUCAUAAAUGUAGGGAAAUAGUCAGGCUGACAGAGAGAUUCUCAGAAUUAGAGACACGCAUCCAAACUUUAAUCGAGGAUAGUAAGAAUGCAAGGGCUUCAGAUACUGUUUUGGAUGCGACUAGCUUAGUGAACUCUGUACAUUGUUCGGUUCCGGCUGUAGAGCCCGCGCAGCAGGGCACUUGGGUAACGGUGAGGCGGCCUAGCCGUGGAAAACACCACUCUUCCGUUCCAAUAAGAACAUCAAACAGGUUCUCCCCACUCAGUGAUACACCCACUGAGAAUCCUGUUGAAAGUGCCCUAGUAUUGGCGAUUCUAUUACACGGAACGUGAAAAUAGAGACACCAGCCACCAUAGUCACAUGUUUGCCGGGAGCCAGAGCACCUGACAUCAAAGCAAAUUUAAAAGUGCUGGCUAAUGCUAAUCGUAAAUACUCUAAGAUUAUUAUUCGCGUCGGCACUAAUGAUGUUCGACUUUGCCAGUCGGAGAUCACUAAAAUUAACAUUAAAGAGGUGUGUGAACUCGCAAGUACAAUGUUGUCAGGAGAAGUAAUUUGCUCUGGCCCCCUUCCUGUUCGUCGGAGUGAUGAGAUAGUUAGCAGAUUAUCAUCACUCAAUGGCUGGCUGUCUAAGUGGUGUCCGCAAAAUAAUAUAGGUUUCAUAGACAAUUGGAAAAGUUUUUGGGGCAGACCUGACCUGUUAAAAAGAGAUGGUAUUCAUCCCUCCCGGGAUGGUGCUGCUCUUCUCUCUAGUAAUAUGGCACAUAGUCUUAGAACUGAAACAUGACAAACUGGGGCCCAGGUCAGAAAGCAGACAGACUGGCUAAACCGACCGUCUGCUAGCUGCCUCACGUUACAGAAGUCAGAAAAUUCAGAUAACUCCCAACACAUAGAAACUCUUACACCUAGAUAUUUUCAAAUAGAGACUGUGUCUGUACCCCGAAUUAGUAAAAACAAAAAACUUCCAAACCCAUUUAAUGGUAAAAAUGUAACUGAUGUUCAACAAAUAAAAAAUAGAGAUAAUAAUGCUAAACAAAUGAUAAAACUCGGGUUGUUAAAUAUUAGAUCCCUUUCUUCAAAAUCACUUAUUGUUAAUGAUAUUAUCAAAGAUAAUAAUCUAGAUGUGCUGUGUUUGACAGAAACUUGGCUAAAACCGGAUGAUUACAUUACUUUAAAUGAGUCUAGUCCUCAAGGUUAUGAUUAUCGACACAAUGCCCGUCAGAAAGGCAAAGGGGGAGGUGUUGCUGUAAUCUAUAGUAAUAUUUACAGUAUUAGUCAGAAGUCUUUCAAAUAUAAUUCCUUCGAAACUAUGGUACUUUACGUAACAUUAUGUAAGUUGACAUUUGUGCUGGCUACUGUACACAGGCCACCAGGACACAAUACAGACUUUAUCAAAGAAUUUGCUGACUUUCUAUCAGAGUUAGUACUAGCUGCAGAUAAAGUCCUUAUUGUUGGUGAUUUUAAUAUCCAUGUAGAUAAUAAAAAAGACGCAUUAGGAUUGGCAUUUGCAGAUAUUCUAAACUCUAUUGGUGUUAGACAACAUGUGUCAGGACCCACUCAUUGUCGUAAUCAUACUUUAGAUCUAAUAUUGUCACAUGGAAUCGAUAUCGAUGCUGUUGAAAUUCUGCAGCAGAGUGACGACAUCUCAGAUCAUUAUCUAGUCUCGUGUAUACUACAUUUAGUCAAGGCGGCUAAACUGCCUCCAUGCCAUAAAUAUGGUAGAACCAUCACUUCUACCACUAAAGAUUGCUUUAUAAAUAAUCUUCCUGAUCAUUUUCAUCGCCUUAGCAUACCAGACAGCUUAGAAGACCUCGAUGUUGCAACAGAAACUAUUGCCUCUGUCUUUUCCAGCACAUUAGACUCAGUUGCUCCUUUGCGUUUAAAAAAGAUUAAGGAAAUUAAUCCAAUGCCAUGGUACAAUGAGCACACUCAGGCCCUAAAGUUAGCAGCCAGAAAAAUGACCAGGUAAAUUAACAAGAAAUAAAGCUUCAACUUCUGAUGUUUCCAAAGAGCACAGCAGUAAUGACUUUAUGAACUUCUUUACUUGCAAGAUUGAUAAUAUUAGAGAAAAAAUAAUAACCAUGCAACCGUCUACUACAGUAUCGUGUCAGAUAGUGCAUUGUAGUGUCCCUGAGGAAAAAUUCAAUUCAUUUACUGCUUUAGGAGAGGAAGAAUUGUCUAAACUUGUUAAAUCAUCAAAAUCAACAACAUGUAUGUUAGACCCUAUACCAACUAAACUAUUGAAAGAAAUGCUUCCAGAGGUCAUAGAUCCUCUUCUCAAUAUCGUCAAUUCAUCUUUAUCAUUAGGAUACGUACCAAAAACUUUUAAGCUGGCUAUUAUUAAACCUCUUAUUAAAAAACCACAACUUGAUCCUAGAGAAUUAGUCAAUUACAGGCCAAUCUCAAAUCUCACUUUUCUGUCAAAAAUACUAGAAAAGGCAGUAUCAUCACAACUAUGUUCCUUUUUAGAAAGAAAUGGUAUCUGUGAGGAUUUCCAGUCAGGAUUUAGACCGUACCAUAGUACUGAGACUGCUCUCAUUAGAGUUACUAAUGAUUUGCUCUUAUCAUCAGAUCGUGGUUGUAUCUCUCUAUUAGUGUUACUGGAUCUUAGUGCAGCAUUUGACACUAUUGAUCACAAUAUUCUUUUAAAUAGACUCGAAAAUUAUGUUGGCAUUAGUGGAAUUGCAUUGUCAUGGUUCAAAUCAUACUUAUCUGACCGUUAUCAGUUUGUAGUAGUAAACGAAGACAUGUCAUAUCGAUCACAAGUUCAAUAUGGAGUACCAUAAGGCUCAGUACUAGGACCAUUGCUGUUCACUCUGUACAUGCUACCCUUGGGAGAUAUCAUUAGGAAGCAUGGCGUUAGUUUUCACUGUUACGCUGAUGAUACUCAGCUCUAUAUUUCUUCGCGCCCUGACGAAACUUACCAAUUCACAAAAUUAACGGAAUGCAUAGCUGAUAUAAAAAAUUGGAUGACCAGUAAUUUCCUACUACUAAAUUCAGAAAAAACAGAGAUUCUAAUUUUUGGACCAAAAACUUCUUCACGUAAUAACCUAGAAUAUUGUCUAACACUUGAUGGCUGCUCUGUUAAGUCUUCGUCGUCAGUUAGGAACCUGGGUGUGCUCUUUGAUACCAAUCUUUCCUUUGAAGGCCAUGUUACUAGCAUCUGUAAAACCGCAUUCUUCCAUCUUAAAAAUAUAUCUAAACUACGACAUAUGCUCUCAAUGAAAAAUGCAGAACAGUUAGUUCAUGCGUUCAUGACCUCAAGGCUAGAUUACUGUAAUGCUCUACUGGGUGGUUGUUCUGCUCGCCUGAUAAAUAAACUACAGCUCGUACAAAAUGCAGCAGCUAGAGUUCUUACUAGAACCAGGACGUUUGACCAAAUAAGCCCGGUUCUGUCAACACUGCAUUGGCUUCCUGUUAAACAUCGUAUAGAUUUUAAAAUCUUAAUCUAAUUACUUACAAAGCACUAAAUGGUUUAGCUCCCCAGUACCUGAGCGAGCUCCUAAUUCAUUAUAGUCCUUCACGUCUAUUGCGAUCUCAGAAUUCAGGCCAGCUGAUAAUACCUAGAAUAUCAAAAUCAACUGCAGGUGGUAGAUCCUUCUCCUAUUUGGCACCUAAACUCUGGAACAAUCUUCCUAGCAUUGUUCGGGAAGCGGACACACUCUGUCAGUUUAAAUCUAGACUAAAAACGCAUCUCUUUAACCUGGCAUACACAUAACACAUUACCAAUUUAAAUUUUCCAAUCCGUUAAAGGAUUAUCAGGCUGCAUAAAUUAGGUCAGCCGGAACCGGGAACACUUCCUAUAACACCUGAUGUACUCGUUACAUCAGAAGAAGAAUGGCAUCUACGCUAAUAUUAGUCUUUCUGUUUAUCCCGAGGUUCACCGUAGUCAACCGGAUCCGGGCCGUAUCCAGGUGAGACCAAGGACCUGCACCUUGACACGACCACAACGCAGCCCUGACGUAUCAGCCGAGAUUGAGUCAACUAGAUCAUCCACUGUGAGGGCCUCAUCGACACGACAGCCACGACACAGUUCGUCAACAACCGUCCAUACCGGCGUGAUCCUCAAUACGAUCCUCAAUUGGAUGGAACUGAAAUAAAUACUUUUAAUGUUGCGAUCCUAUUGGACUUAUGAUAGAAACCUGAAUUGUAACAAAGCACUGUUGGCCAGAGGAGAACUGGCACCCCGACUAAGCCUGGUUUCUCCCAAGGUUUUUUUCUCCAUUUUAACACCAAUUUGCCACUUGUCUGCCACCUGAUGUCACCUGAUGGAGUUUGGGUUCCUUGCUGCUGUCGCCUCUGGCUUGCUUAGUUGGGGACACUUGACAUUUGACUUGACAUUUGAUAUUCAACAGUGCUUUGAUCUGCCUGCAUUGACACUAUUCUUUAAGAGCUGCUGUGCAGCCAAACAAUGUACCAGUUAUCAAUGUAAAGCUGCUUUGACACAAUCUACAUUGUAAAAAGCGCUAUAUAAAUAAAGGUGACUUGACUUGA